AUGGCCACGCCCGUCCCACGGCCGCCGUUACUUUCAGCAGCACCAACAACAAUGACACCGACGACACCGACGACAACAGCGGCGACAGCGGUGGCAACGACGACGACGGUAGCGACACCACGGCCAGCGAGAAACUACCGCCAACGCCGAAACGCGACCAGGAUGGCUGAGUUCCGGUCAGCGAAGAGGAGGACCACCGGAGACGGGCCAUCACAGCAGUUCCGACUGGAAAAGGCGACACCAACCACCACCCCUGCGCCAUCAACCACCAACCCCCCGUCUCCAACCAUCAUCCCAACGGCACCAGGUCCACAGCCCACGGAGGAAGCAAUCUCACCAGUCGCCGAGGCCACGACGCCGGAGGUAAGCAUACCUACCGGAACCGUCGGAGCCCCGGAACAACCAACACCCGCCCCCACCACACCGGAGGAUAUGGAAAUAUCGCCGGAGGAGGAGGCGGAACUGUUGGCAGGCGGUGACGUCGCCGAGCCCGAGGACGUGGACAUGGAGGCCGUCUACGACAUAGCCAUCCGAGGAUACCUCGACGAACCCGCACCACCACAACCGGAGUAG